CCUCUCAACAUGAAUCAUCAUUUCACUAAGAAGAGUGUAUCAGAGAGCAUGCUGGAUGUGGCACUGCUGAUGGCUAACGUCUCUCAGCUGAAAGCUGUCCUGGAGCAGGGCCCCGACUUCAAGUACUACCUCACUGUCAUCCUCCUCAUCGCCAUGUCACUCUUCUUCCAAGUGCUCGUGGGGGCUCUCUUUGUCCACAUGGGUGAGAGUGAACUGAAUGACGUGGCCAGUCAGAGGAAGCUGGACAUAAUAAACAAUGAGGCAACUGUGCUGGUGUUUCUUACCGCCAUCAUCAACAUCUUCAUCACUGCUUUUGGAGUGCAGAAGACAGGUCUCUAUCCUAAGCAAUAAAAUGUUUGUGGGAUCAUACAGGAAGAAAUCCCAAUGUUGAAUAUGUAUGCCACAAUAUGAUAAGCAAAUUGACUGAAUAAUGUUUUUUAUUUAUUUCUACAGAGGGCAUUAUAUUAA